CGUGCCGUUCGUGUCGCAGCGUUGCUCGGUGUGAUUCUCUCCCUCUUGCGUGCGAAUUCGACGCCUUAUAUCGACAAUUUCACUUUAUUAUAAGCGCGAAACUUCAGAGUGCCAAACCGCGAAGUGCAGUGUUUCUCGUCGUAUACGCGGAAAAAGCAAGUGAUAAACGCACGUGCGUCGAUGAAAAAAAUCCCUCGUCUCGUGAAAAGAGCAACAAGUGAACACGUGGAAAAUUCGCGCCACUUGAAUCUCGCGCGAAUUCGCGGAAGGUCAGACGAUCUGAUUUGGAACGCACUACAAGUUCGGCGCCAAGUUCACGCGAUUGGGGAAAACGAGACGACGCUUCACGUCGCGAGAUCUUCGCCGGUACAUUUCGCGGAGAAAUAAGUGCGCGUUGAUAAUCGUUGCCGCUCGUCGGAAUCGUACAAAGGGCUCGCGCGUUGCUCGGUGAAAGUGCUGUGAGAUACGUGACAUCGCUCCCCGAAGAUAUAUGAUAUAUGAUAUUAAUGGCGGCGGGAUGAGUGCGACGGUCGUUUCGAGAAUUUUGACGCAAGAGAGGAGAAGCGCGACGUGUCGAUUCGCCACGUGAGAGACACGAAUCGUCCUGCUCGAGAUUAUCGUGUUGAGUGCAUGUUCAAUUUUCGUGUUACGCGUUUUAUAUAUAUCGCAAAACGAUCGACAUGACGCUCGACGCGACGCGUUUCCGUGAAUGACGGAGAGAAGAGAGGCGAUAGCGCGCGCGCGAAGUGAAGUUCGGAGUGAUUUUGCUGCCCUUCGCUCAUUGAGGAAUUCGCGGGACUAUGUGAGUGUUCUUGUUAAUGAUCGCCUUUAUUCGGAUCGUAUCGAGGAACUGCGGGAAUUCUCGUGGACCAUGACCACUGCCAUGAAGAAGGGCCUCGUGCGUAACGUGACGUUAUGGCGCCUUCUCGCUGUCGCUUUUUCGAUGGUCCUGUGCAAUGUGAACGUCGUUCAAGCAGCGCACGGAUUUCGGCACAACUUCAAACAAGCUUCGAGAGGAUCGUACAGUCAUCGUUCAGCUCUUAAUAAGAAUUUGAAAAAUGGCGGUCUCUUUCCGUCCACGUUCAACGUCGCUGCGAAAGCUGACAUAUUCGUAAACGCGACAUGCGGCAAAGAGGGUCCGGAAACUUUUUGCAAGCCUUCGGAGUUGUCGAGAUGCGCCGUUUGCGAUUCUAGGAGUCCCGAUCCUGGCAAGAGGCACAACAUCAGCAACGUGCUCGAUCCGAAUCCUAGCAAAUGGUGGCAGAGUCCCACGUUGGCCAAAGGCGAUCAGUACGAAUACGUGACGAUUCUUCUGGAUUUGAAACAGAUCUAUCAAGUCGAGUACGUGAUCGUGAAGGCCGCGAAUUCGCCGAGACCCGCGGCCUGGAUUCUGGAGAGAUCCUUGGACGGCGAGAGCUUCCAACCGUGGCAAUAUUACGCGCCGAGCGACGAAGAAUGUUGGACGAGAUAUUCGGCACCGCCUGUCGCGGGCAAACCCGUUUACGACGACGAGGUCAUAUGCGCCAGUCAGUACUCCAGAGCAACCCCCAUGGAGAACGGCGAGAUCCAUACGUACCUGGUGAGCGGUCGACCCGGAGCCGUGAACCACACUGCGACUCUACAGGAAUUCACCCAGGCCAGAUACGUGCGACUGCGUCUUCAGGGUCUUCGACGUAGCGGCGAGGCUUUCGCCGACAAAAGACGUGCCUUCUACUCGAUAAAGGAAAUUAACAUCGGGGGACAGUGUCUAUGCUCAGGACACGCGUCUCGUUGUCUGUACAGCGUUCAUCACGGGCAUCAAGAAUGCCAAUGCGAGCGCCACACGUGCGGCGAAAGGUGCGAAAAAUGCUGCCCCAUGUACAAUCAGAUUCCUUGGAGGCCGGGCACAGCUGGCAAGGGCUUUCACUGCGAGAUGUGCAACUGCAACGGCCACGCAACGUCCUGCGUAUACGACCAGGAAGUGGCCGACAAGAGAAUGUCCAUGGAUAUCCGUGGGAAAUACCGAGGCGGUGGCGUGUGCGUCAAUUGCACGGAUUACACGACUGGCAUCAAUUGCGAAAACUGCGAGAUCGGCUAUUACAGACCGAAUGGUAUUACGCCUGAUGCACCAGAACCAUGCCUGCCCUGCGACUGCAAUAUACAUGGUAGUACAGGCUACUGCACUCCCGAUGAUUCCUAUACGCGUAUGGGAAAGGUAGCGGGCGCCUGCGAGUGCAAGCCAGGAUAUUCGGGGUACAAGUGCGAUCAGUGUGCGGCCGGCUAUCGACAGUUUCCCGAUUGCAUGCCGUGUCCCUGCGACUCCCGCGGGAUUCUGCCGUCUCACGAUUGCGAGGGCGAUUGCUUGUGCAAGGCCAACGUCGCCGGAAACUUUUGCGAUCGAUGCAAACCGGGAUACUUUGCACUCACGAAGGACAAUCUCGACGGCUGCUUGCCCUGUUACUGCUUCGACGCGACAAAUCGCUGCACCACUGCCAGAUUAUCGUACAGCAUGGUUUCUACGUUAGAAAACUGGUUGGUGACCGACAUGAACGCAUCUCGGCCAGUCGUUCCCACCUUGGACGCGGACAACGGAUGGCUGACCAUAGCAGCGUUCGAGGUCGAAUACGACAGCCCCUUCUGGCUGGCGCCACAGAUCUACACGGGAAAUCGCGUAUCCUCCUAUGGCAGCAAUCUCACGUACUCGGUUACGUGGGUCGUCAUGCGAGGCGACACCAGCGGCAAACCCACUACGGAGCCCAGCGUCAUCCUAGUGGGUAACAAUGGGAUGCGCAUAGCGUACGGCGAGGAACAGUACAAUGGUCAAGAGGCUGAAAUCACUGUGCCUUUGCGAGAACAGGGCUGGUAUCACGUGCGAAGCGAAGUUCAGGACAUUUCGACGAAACCGAGGUUGAGGAGGACCGAGUUUCGCGGCGAUCCUGUUACGAGGACGCAGAUGAUGCACGUUCUCGCUGAUCUAAAGUAUCUGAUGAUAAGAGCGCGUUAUCAUUCGGAGCAAAUCGAAGGAAGUCUCCAAUCUGCCAUAUUGGCGGUGGGCGAAUUAUCGUCAGAUGGCGAAACCGACAGUUUAGUCGAAAUGUGCGAGUGUCCCGAAGGAUAUGCGGGAAUAUCCUGUGAGAGAUGCGCUUGGGGAUAUGUCAGCGUGCCGAUCAAUAGUUCCAAUCAUCAGGAUCAUCAUAUAUGCGUGAAGUGCGACUGCAAUAAUCACUCGGGCUCCUGCGAUCUCGUGAUGGGUGAAUGUGGGAUAUGCGAACACCAUACUGUGGGUCCAAAAUGCGAUCGUUGCGCUAUAGGAUAUUACGGUAUCGCAACGAGAGGCACCAGUGAAGAUUGUAAGAAAUGCGCUUGCCCACUUUCCAUCGAAUCCAACAAUUUCAGCCCGAGUUGUCAGCUAGAUGAACCGACUGAUAUUAACAGUGGAUAUGUGUGCACGCAAUGCCCCGAAGGCUACACCGGAGAUCAUUGCGAAAGUUGUGAUGUAGGAUUUUACGGUAAUCCUGUGACUCCCGGUGGCACUUGUCAACGGUGUCCUUGCAACGGUGGUGCCUGCGAUCAGGAAACAGGUCGCUGUUUAGAGUGUCGCGGCAAUACCGAAGGCUGGAAAUGCGACAGAUGCAAGGAGGCACAUUUCGGGAAUCCUUCGGAACAGAAUUGCAUGCCGUGCAACUGCUCUCCCUUCGGUAGCAAUUCCGUCCAAUGCGACCAGAAGACUGGUCAGUGUCUCUGUGGACUUUUGUUCAUCGGUCGUGACUGUUCCUCCUGCAUCGAAGGCUAUGGGAACGUGACUGCAGGUUGCCGGGAAUGCGACUGCGACGUGGGUGCCAUGAACGACGGACUCUGCGAUCCCGUAAGCGGUGUGUGCAGGUGCGCGCCAGGAGUCAUCGGCUUCCGGUGCGAUCGUUGCGACGUGGACCACUAUGGCCUAUCGGCGGAAGGUUGCAAGGGAUGUGGCUGCAAUAACUUGGGCUCCGCAAGUUCAGCCUGCGACAUCGUGUCCGGGCAAUGUCAGUGCAAACCGCAAGUUAUUGGCAGGCAGUGCGACGAAUGCAAGAUUGGUUAUUGGGGUUUGGCAACGGGGGUGGGUUGCACGGCUUGCGACUGCGAUUCCAUGGGAUCCUACAACGCCUCCUGUCACAGCAAUACAGGACAAUGUUAUUGUAAGCCGGGUGUAAGUGGUUCGCGCUGUGACAAUUGUCUUCCUGGAUAUUAUGGAUUUUCAUCGAACGGCUGUCAAUUGUGCGACUCGUGCGUGCGACCCGGUCAUGUGUGCGACCCCGACACCGGUCGCUGCGUGUGUCCCCGUCUGACCUAUGGCGAACACUGCGACCGGUGUAGACCCGGCGCUUGGGACCUAGUGCCACAGGUCGGCUGCAGACCCUGCGCGUGCACAUUGGGCGCCACGCGAUCCCAAUGCGAUCAUCAGGGUCAGUGUCCCUGCAGAAUCGGUUACGACGGCCUCAGGUGCGAGAGAUGUGCCAGAGGUUACUACGGUUACCCGAGGUGUCGUCCUUGCGGCUGCAACAUCGCCGGCACGACGCAGUGUCAGGAUGGUAUCUGCGAGUGCGACGACAAGGGACAGUGUCCUUGCAAGGAACUGGUCGUUGGAAGACAGUGCAAUCAAUGCAAAGAAGGCACGUUCGGUCUUGCGAUGGACAAUGCCAGAGGAUGUACCGAGUGCUUUUGCUUCGGAAGAAGCACACUGUGUCAGCAAGCUGGACUCAGUUGGGGUCAACGCAGAUUGACACAUCCUCGCGUUCUUUACAUCAAUGAGACAGCCAGCGAUGUAACAAUAAUGGGCUUUGGCUCCACAACCGUACUGCCAUCGGUGAACGGAGGCUUGAACGUGACAAACGGUCUCUCUGUAAUUCCUGGAUCCGAUGGUGACGUUAUAUUGCCUCCACAUCUUUAUUAUAAUUAUCCCUUAUAUUGGAGAUUGCCGGAUUCUUUCCUAGGCGAUAAGGUUGUCUCUUAUGGAGGAUUCCUACGCUUUAAGACCUCAACGGAAGGUGGAAUACCUCUGAGAUCGAAUCUUCGAUAUCCUAUUGUGCAGUUGCAAGGCAAUAACAAGAUUAUCUUGGAAUAUUAUCUACAUCUACCAGUAAACGAUAAUCGUUAUGCAGUCAGAUUCCACGAGUCAUUGUGGCAAUUACAAAACAGGCCGGAUUACAAAGUUUCCAGGGAGUUACUAAUGGUUGCAUUACAAAAUCUUCAGUACAUCCUUGUAAAAGCUUCGGACAACGGCGAAUUUACAAAAACCACACUCUUGGAAGCAUCUCUCGACGCCGCCGUUUUGACGCCCACACACUCGCCACCGUUGGCGAUUGGCGUAGAGAUUUGCCAGUGCCCGACGGAAUACAACGGCACAUCCUGCCAGGAUCCCAGCAUCGGCUUUUACAGAUGGUACAAGAACACCACUGCCACGUCCACCAUCGUGAUUGAUCUUGUCGGACAAGCCAGGCGCUGCCAGUGCAACGGAAGAUCCAACGUGUGCGACAGGGAGACGGGAUAUUGCUUGAAUUGCCAGGAAAAUACGGUUGGCGCAUAUUGCAACGUUUGCGCUGAUAGUUUCUAUGGUCAUCCGGAAUUCGGAGGCUGCAAACCAUGUCCGUGCCCACAGAUUGACAAAAGAUUUUCGAGUACCUGCGUAAUUCGUGGGAACAAUGAACCCAUUUGUCACUGCAAGCCAGGUUACAUCGGUAGAAAAUGCGAACGUUGCGCCUAUGGCUAUUAUGGCUCUCCUGAUCUUCCGGAAGGCAAGUGCGUUCCGUGUGAUUGCAACUUAGCAGGAAGUUUGAGCGACACCUGCGACAGCGAGACAGGGCAGUGCAAAUGCAAGCCCGGCUCUACGGGCAGAGAUUGUUCCCAGUGCACGGCGUAUCGUCACGUUUAUAUAAAUGACGUUUGCACUUCAUGCGAUGACAAUUGCACGGGAAUUUUGCUGGAUACCGUCGCAACGCUAUCCAAUGUAUUGGCUACGGGAACGAGUCACAUAGCAGACGGAUAUAUCCCACCUCCGUGGAAAGAAUUGACAUAUAUCGAUUCCAUUGUUACCGGACAUUUCAAAGAAUUGGAACUACGAACUCGUCUACAGCAAAGAAUGAAGACUGUACCUUGGCAUGGAUAUAAGAAACUUGCUGAAGAUGUUGAAAUUAUAUUAAGAAACAUGAGCAAGUGUGCGAAAUAUGCCGAUACCUUGAAGCUUAAGAGUGGAGACUUGAAAAAUAAUAUUUUCACCGGAAAAAUUAUGCUUAAUAAUUUAAAAAAAGACCUAGAAGAUACGAUUUCGGAACUCAACCAAUACAGUAAUGAUAAUAGGAGAAUAGAAAUCAAGAAAGCUUUAAAAGCAGGGAAGAUGAUCUUAAAUUAUCUGAAAUCUGUCAAUAUAGCCCAGAGAACCAUGGAGGUGGAAAAUUUUCUCGAUGAUGUCACCAAGUACGUGGCAUGGUUGAACUCUCUUUACGACACGACUGAACCUUUGUCAGUCGCUCAGGACGACGCUAAAGAUUACGAGAUAAAGUUGAAUGACAUGAGAACAGUUGUAGAAAGUACUAUGGAAACGCUGUUUAGCUACGACGGCUUGUAUAACCAUAUCAAUAAGACAUUCGUCGAGACUAAAAAUCAAUGCGCUCGUAUCGAGACAUUGCACGACGGAACGAACGAAUCGAUAUCUGAUGGGAAGAAACUCAUUGGCGAAGCCAUCGGUUUACUCGUCGACGCGGGGAACAACAUUCAAGAUCAAUCGGAUUGGCGAGACAAAUUGGCGAACUCGACGGAGGAACUCACUAUGAAAGAGGAACAUCAGUAUCAACUGAAUUACGAGUAUGCUAAUAAAUAUGUAGCGCCGGCGGUGCAGCAUGCAAAGAAUCUGUCAAAUUACGUCGACCAGUAUGUCAGCCUCUUUGCCGAGACACGAAACAUCGCGGCGAGCCCUCUAAAAGCCAGUCAGGCUUACAAGAACAUCGUUGACGGUCUGCAAACGGCAAAAAUUACCGCGAUGACAGCCAAGGAAAUCAUCGAGGAAGUGUAUAACGAGGCUUUUCCCCCUUUGGGACAGAAAUCGUUACUGAACGAUGCCAAGGAAGUAUUAGCUAAAUCUUCGCAGCAGUGGAAAACAGCAAAAGAGCAUAGUAAACUCAUCAAGAACGCAAACGUUGACUUGGAGACUCACAAGCAAGCUGUGCUGAUACUGAAGGAUACAUUGAACAACACUGGCAUAAACGAUAAUGAAAUAAAUGUGAAAUUGCGAGAGCUGCAAAGCAAUAGCAAGAAAUUGCAUGAGAAUCUAUUGGAUAUCUUGGAAGAGAAUAAUAAAGUAACGAAGUCUGUAAGUGAUACGCAACGACUGAUCGAUGAUUACACACAAGGCAUUGCCGAUAGACUAAAGCCGAAGUUGCAGGAUUUAAAACGCGAAGGCGAUUCAAAGAUUAGCUUCGCCAGUGAAAAAUUGUCAGAAGCGAUGGGCAGUAUUAAGACAACUGACGCAAAACUGAUAAGUCUGUCCAACGCUGCGAUGAAGCGAAAAGCCGUUUUCGAUAAGUGGAACGACACCUUAGCCACAAAACUGCAGAAUCUUAAAGAUAAAAUCGCAGAGGCCCGAAACACCGCCGAUGGGAUUCGCGUUUCUCUGAGGUCGGUGGAGGGUAAGGAAUGCAUUCGUUCGUACAGACCGGCGAUACUGCAACCUUCGGCAACGACAUCGAUCGUGAUGACGUUUGCGCUUCCAACCGCGCGUAAGGAAGGUUCUCUGUUUUACUUGCCCAGUGGAAUUAAUGACGAUUUCAUCGCUCUAGAAAUAGUUGACAGAAGAGUGCGAUUCCUGUGGAAUGUCGGUGGCGGUACUGGUAUCCUGACGCAUCCUGAAAUUCUCGAAAGCGGCGAUUUGCAGAAUGACAAAUUUUGGUAUCGGAUCGAGGCUGAAAGAACUCGACACACAGGCAAGCUGAGCGUACAUAAACAAACGUCGACAUCCGGAAAGUAUCUCCCCGUCAUUAAUUCGACCAACUCCGAGUACGGUCGUUUCGACGUUCUACCUACAGAUCGAGUGUGGAUAGGAGGUAUUCCUAAAUCGCAGAGAAGACCCAUAGAAUUGAUGGCUAGCAACGGACUUCCGGGCUGCAUUCAUCAGGUGAUCCUCGACGGAAGACAUAUCGGUCUCUGGAAUUUCAUUACAACCGCGCCAGAUAAGGCUUGCAAAGCUUGCGUGGAAGGAGUGGAAGAUGCCAGAGAUGAUGUGGCUUACAGUUUCAACGGCGAAGGAUACGCCGUGAGAAACAGAGUCUCAUCUGGUCCGUAUAAUAAAUAUAUGUUUGGGGUCUCAAUCAAUUUUCGGACAUACGAUGAAAAUGCAUUGCUAUUUCUAGCCAUCAACAAAGAUAAUAAUCAGCACAUCAUGAUCUUCCUGCGAGAAGGUAGAGUGAUCCUCCAUGUCGGCUAUGGUGGAAACGUCAGUAUGGAAAUGUCCUCGACGUACAAGUAUAACACCGGUAAUUGGACAAAAGUGGAUGCUUUCCGACAAUAUCAGGUUCGCAAGAACAUUGAAAAGUGCAGUUUGAGUAUCGGUGGCGAUAACGACAAGCGAAUUGGUGCACCCACACCGCAACCCAAGAAGGAAGACAUUCCGGACUUGGCACAAGCCAAAUAUUAUAUUGGCGGGCUACCGCCGAGCUUCCGCGCCGAGAAGCUGAUGUUGCCUUCGCAGGUAUCAUUCCUCGGAUGCAUGUCUAAUAUCAUAGUUCAAGAGGGCUACGACCCGAUGGCCGAGCAGUAUUAUGGAGUAGAGCCUAGUUGUAGUAAUAAGCCAUUAAGGAUCGUUGGAUUUUACGGAGAUGGAUACCUCGAGCAUGACUCAUUCACUUUUCGAAAAAUUCACUCCGUACUGAGCUUCUCCUUCAGGACCAUGCAGGAAGCAGCUAUGUUGCUUCUCUCCACGUUUGAAGGUCGCGAAGACAAAUUGAGCGACAAUCUCAAUGAAGAAGCAAAAAGAGAUAGUUAUUACUCUGUUUGCAUACUCAAUGGACAAGUACAAGUUCGCUUGAAUGCCGGCAAAGGUGAGAUGGUUCUCCAAUCGAACAACACUUUCAACGAUGGAAAGUAUCAUUCAAUCACCAUCAUAAAGAAGAGAAAAGAGAUAGAAUUGAGAAUCGAUGAUGCGUAUCAGACUGCAGGAAAAUUACCUAGCAGCAUCGCAAUCAAAUCUCCCGAUUCAAACGGAGGACUUUUCUUUGGUGGACUACCAGCUCUCAUUAAUAACACUAAAAUGGUCGCUACAAAUACACCUCUGUACGGUGCUAUCAGAGAUGCGAUUUUUAACGACGAAAUCAUUCGAUUCGAUGAUGCCAUUAAUUUCGAUCACGCCUUAAUCGGUCGUUCGGGACCGAACAUAGGAAAAGAUACGCCGAGUUACGCGCCCUCGGCAUCGUUGUCCCGAGGAAUGUCCACGCAACCGGAAGGAUGUCAGAAGGUGCCUUAUUACUCGCUUGAACCAGGCGCUCUGAAAUUUGGCGACAAGUCGCACAGUCACACGCAGCUUUAUCUCACCUUCAAACAAUUUUGGCAGACAAAAUACAGGCUAGAAUUUGACUUCAGGACAUACUACCCCAACGGGUUGCUCUUUAUCACUCCGGGUGUGAAGUUAAGACAUUAUUUAAUGAUGGUCAUCCGAGACGGGCAGCUUCUUUUGUUGCUAAAGACCAAACAAAGAAAGGAGAUGUUGCUCAAGACGCCAUUUAAUGAUGGCAAUUGGCAUCACGUCGUUAUCAAUCACGAUGAGAGAAGACUCACUCUGCUGGUGGACACCCAAACACCGCGUGUCCUCAAAAUACCGAAGAAGAUAGCUUUAACACCCAUGAUGUAUAUCGGUGGUCUUCCGGAAAGCGGAACGCCCAUUCCAGAGCAAGUAGUCGUCAAACUGGAAACUCUAAAGGGUUGUAUCAGAGGCUUGAAAAUCAACGGAACCGUCUACGACAUGGUAGGCUCCAACAGUAGAGCCUUCAAUGUCGGCCAGUGCUUCCCGAGCGUUGAAAGCGGGGCAUAUUUCCAGGACGAGGCGUACGCCGUUUAUCAGAACAACUUCGAGCUGGGCGCCGUACUCGAACUUCAACUGGAAUUCAGAACGUCGGAACUGUCCGGGGUGUUGCUGUCCAUUAGCGCGCCCGGUGGCUCGCCCUCUCUGUCCUUGGAACUUAACAAUGGCCGAGUGAUCAUGUCGGGUGAUCUGGGUGACCACAAUCCGUUGUACGUAGAACAACGAUUCGCCAGCCCAUACGCGAUCUGCGACAAUCGAUGGCACAGAAUCCAAGCCGUGUACAACGAUGAAGAGUUGGCGCUCAAGGUGGAUGAGUUGGAUCAGAAAUAUGGUCUGCCUACGAACGUCAAUUAUCAUUUCAUGGGUUCCACCGCCUCCGGUCCAUUAUAUAUAGGCGGUAUACCAGCAUCAGCUGAGAAAGGCUCGUUGAUAACGCGGGACCACUUCAACGGGUGCAUCAGGAAUGUGAUGAUAGGAGGGGAGAGACGAGACUGGACGGACAUGGCCGAGCUGCACAACAUUCAUCUGAGCUCGUGCCCAGUUCAAUGAUAGCGAAACGCGAAGAGAGAGACAAUUGCUUCGACGAUCAGCAUUUUUUUUUACAAUUCCAAAGACUGUUCGAGGAAUUCGCGGUCGCACCGGAAUUAACGUGCCAUAUAUUCGCAGACGACGAUUUCUGUAAGACCUUAGACUUUAACAAAGCCAAAAGAUGCUAAUCGUUUCGUUAGGCUAAAGAUCGUAACUUAAAGGCUAGAAAGGAAAAUAAAGAGACCGUACGGAUCGGUCUCGCGAUAAAUAUAAAUGAUGGCACGAAUGAGCAAUUUCGUCGCAAAUACGUGCGCGUGCGAAACGCAUGGACAUUUACGCGCAAAUAGCAAGAAAAACCACUGCCAUAUAGUUUAAUUACUCGUCGCAAACAACUUGUGUACAUCAGUAUUUAAAUGCUAUUAUUUAUUAUUAUUAACGUAGAUCCAAUCUCGUGAUCUCGUGAUCGUAGCGUCAACGAUAAAGCAAAACGCGAGUUAUACACGUUUUAUACUUUUAUAGCGAAUAAUAGACUAUGGAGCUCGAUAUGCAUGUACAUUGUGGGAGAUCGAUUUUAGAUCUAAAGAUUUCGAAGAGAAAGGAAAACGUACAAGUGCCCUGUAAAAAGAUAAGUGUCCUUUAAUCACACGCACACAGAGCGAGAGAUAAUCUUCGAAGGAUAUUUUUAAUAUUUAAUGACAUUCUCUCUCGAUACACCCACAGAUUCUCUCAUUAAACUGUAAUAUAUUAUACAUAUGCAAAAAAUAAAAUUAACAAAUGGCGCAUCUGCUGUUAUGUAUAAAAUAUAUAUACACAAGAGAACUACGGCUGUGUCAUUUUGAUUUAUCCGCACUUUUAUUCUAAAAAAAUCUCUAUAGACUUUUCGGGAAAUCAUGACGCAGCCUUAUAGAAAAUCUUAGAACAAUUUCAUCUUUCUUUCAAAACAAAGAUUAAAUUCAAAAUUAAGUACUAAAAGAAUUGAGCUUAAAAAGAUAGAGAGAAAGAUGAUAAAACGUUAUGUUUUAUAGUCGUUGACGAGUACUUUUUGUUAUACUGAAUUUGUAUUUACAGAUAUUUAAUGUAAAAGAAAAUCGAAAUUUCUCAAAACAUGCUGUUUAUGUUUAAAUUAUAAUUAAGAUCAGCUUUGCCUUCGCGGAAGAGUAAAAAGUCUUUUACACGACACACGCACAUACACACAAAUGGGUUAUUAAAUUUUAUUGAUGACAUUCGCUGCGAAGAGAUACUAACAGUAAAUUAUGACCCAAAUCUUACAUGAUAUACUGAAUAAAUAUACAUAUCGUCGAGUAGGUAGGUAUACGUUCGUUUUUUUUAUAUGUAUAUAAAAACAUAAUAUAUUUACAGACACGCGCGUGUGUGACGCGGAUAUAGAGAACUAAUUCGCCUUGACGUGUUGAAAUUUUUGCGACAAUAAAAAUCGGCAAUUAUAUAUAUAUAUAUAUAUAUAUA